GAAUAAAUGUUUCAAACCCUAUAAAAAUUAAGGGUGAUAUGCUUUAUGUUUGCUACAACUGCUGAACGAAAAGUUCCACCUACUCCUUCGAAUAUUCCUUUCACACUCAAUAAUCUUUGGGAUAAUCCAGGAGCCAAGAAAAUACAAAAGAGAUGGGGAAGAAGUGGUACAAGAGGAAAUGCUUGUGGAAGAGGGUAAAGAGGACAAGGAGCCCGUUCAGGUGCAGGAGUACCUCCUAAAUUUGAAGGAGGUUAAACACCCUUAACUAGAAGACUUCCUAAAUGGGGUGCUAAACCAAGGUAUAACAAUAUUAAGAAAUCAUAGUUUGGAAAUUUAUCGAGAAGUCAAUAUCUGUUAAAUAAUAGAUAGAAUCAAAUAAGGAAGAAUUGAUGCUACUUAACCUAUCUAAAUUAAGGACAUGUUAGAAUCAAGAAUUUUUAGUAAAUGCAAAUAUGGAGUUAAAUUAUUGGCAAGAGGAGCUGAAAGAUUAAGUGAAUUGAAUACUCCUUUAACUAUUGAAGUAUCGGAUGCUUCAAAAACUGCUAUUGAGGUAAUAAAGAAAAAUGGAGGUGAAGUAAAAGUUGUUUACUUUACACCACUAUUAUUAAGAUAACAUUUAUUCCCAGAUAAAUAUCCAUUAGAAUUAAGACCAGCACUCCCUCCUUCAAGAGCAGUAGAAGCUAUCUAAAGAAGUGAAGAAAGAGGAGCUGUGGCUGAUUAUAUCAAACCUAAGUGGGUUAUUGAAGAUGAAAUUGAGAAGAAGAAAUUAGAAGAGAUGGCUAAACUUGAAGUAGAUACUCUAAAAGUUCAAUUGUCAGGAGCUGAAACUGUUGAGACUGUAAAGAAAGAUAAAAAGAAGAAGGUUUUAAAAUAUAAUGAUAAAUAUAGAAAUAAAAAUAAUAAGAAGAAAAAUAAGUUAGCACUCUGGAUUUAACAAACUUUAAAUAUCCAGCCACUAGAGAACCUGGAUGUGGUAAAGAUAAAAUCAAAUAGCGUAAACCAGUAGUUUAUAAAAAGAUAUCAUUAAACUUGGAUUGAGUUAUUCAUCAUAUAUAUAAUAA